CGGGCGCCGUGACGUAAGCAACAUGCGCCAGACACUUGUCCGCUACUGCCGCCGUUAAUCGCCUCUGAGCUUGAAAUCGAUAACGGCAGUAUUUAUUGUAGUAGGCGUGUUAGAUAAGUCGUAGCCCGUAGGUUUACGCUCGCCGCUCGCGUACGUCGCAGGUAGGUCGUAAAUCGAUAAAAUAAAAUUUUCGCUUUCCGUCGAUGGUUUUGAGAAAAAUAAAUCAUAAUUCGUUGAACAACUAAGAUGUUUGCCGUCCGAAUUCCGGAUCUCCUACCACUUACCGGCUCGGCGUGUUAUUAUCGUAUCGACGAUGACGGAAUUAUCGUUGUUGGUAAUUAUGCGUAGAUAAAGAAAAGAUAACAUCAUCAAUAAUUUAUAAUCAUUGUUCCGUCCUCCGUCGUUGAGUUUUUUCUUCUCGUAUUCCGCUGCUACUCGAAUAUUAGCUAUUGAGUAUUGUCAAUAGAUAUUAUCGUAAAUUAGUCUGAUCAUCAGAUUCACUAUUUUCUUGACCCUACUCAAACGCAGUGAAAAUUAGAAGAUACUUUUUUUUUCGUCUAUCUUAUCAAUAUUUUCGUUCACGCUAUGACUGCUGUUCCACCACCGAUAAAAUGCAAUACGUUUUCAAGUACGAUGGACUGAACUGAAGCUGAUCCAUUGGCACCACACAGCUGUUUGACGAAGAAGUUUCCAGAAUAUUAACUGAAGAUGGAUAAUAAUAUAUUUCAUGAAUUUAAUGGUGCUGCUAGAGAUAAAUGUAAUUAUUAUAAUCGAACGAGAAAUAGACUUCUUAUUACAGCUUAUGAAGGAAUACCUGAAACCCUUUUACUCAAUGCCUUAGGGUGUGUUCUUUUAGUUUUAUUUUUUGCAUUCAUGAGAAAAAGAGCAUGGGAUUAUGGACGUUUAGCAUUAGUUAAUAAAGAUUAUGAAAAGUGGUCUCGUAUAUUUUAUGGUACAACUGAUGAAAGUUCAGAAAAUAACGUUGAGGAUGGUAAUUCUACGACUACAUUAGACAACUCAAUGCCUGUAGAUAGAGGUUUAUUUUCCUGGUUCUUAACAAUUAUACAGCUUAGAGAUGAUAAAAUUUUACGUAAAUGUGGUUAUGAUGCUGUUCAAUAUUUAUCAUUCCAAAGACACAUAAUGGUAUUAAUGGCUAUAAUUACUGCAGUUUCAUUAGGUGUGGUACUACCAAUCAAUUUUGCUGGAGAUUUAGAAGGUGAUGAAAGAUCAUUUGGCCAUACUACUGUUAGCAAUCUUCAUCCCGAUUCACCUUGGUUAUGGGUACAUGUGACUAUAGCCAUGUUAUAUUUUCCAUUAACUAUUUGCAUAAUGAGAAGGUUUUCUGUAAAUCUUAAAUUAGAAGAAAAUGGUGAAUGUUGGUCACGUACGUUGAUGAUAACAAAUAUUCCUAGACGAAAUUCUGACAUUAAUGAUAUGGAUCGACAUUUUAAAGAGGCAUAUCCGGAAUGUGAAGUAGAAAAUAUUCAGCUUGCGUAUGAUGUCAACAAAGCUAAUGAGCUAGAUAGAGACAGAAAUGCUGCAGUUCAAGCUAAACAAUAUUGUGAAAACCAUUUAAAAACUGUUGGUGAACGUCUUACAGUGCAACCUCAUGUUUGUGGUUAUAUUUGCAUUUGUUGUGGUUUCUGUAGUUCUAAUAAUUUAGAUGCCAUAGAUUAUUAUUCUCAAGAAGAAACUCGACUAAAAGCAGAAUUAGAAGCAGAAAAAGAAUCUGCUUUAAAAAGACCUCUGGGUAUAGCUUUUGUAACUAUGACAACAAUUCAUUCAGCUAGACUCAUUCACCAAGAUCAUGUUUACAAAUUAUCUAAAUGUGGCCGUCAUAAUCCACCUACCAGUUCUGUAGCAGGUUUACUUCAACCUUAUCGUUGGAGAGUAACUUUUGCUCCGCCACCUGAUGAUAUAUUUUGGGAAAAUUUGACUGAACCAUCUCACAAUCGAUACUGUAAAAUUGUAUUAACUAAUUCAUUUUUAGUGAUAGUUUUGUUUUUUUUGACAACUCCUGUGAUUGUUUUAAAUGUUAUGGACACACUUAAGCUUAGAGAAAUUGAAAAAGCUAGCCCUAUCUUAUCAGAAUUUAUGCCUACGCUGUUGUUGUGGACUGCUGCUGCAUUAUUACCGGUAUUAGUUAUAAGGUCUGAUCAGUGGCUUAGUCAUUGGACAAGAUCUAAAAGAAACCAUUCCAUUAUGCGCAAAACAUUUGUUUUUCUUCUAUUUAUGUGUUUAAUACUUCCGUCAUUGGGAUUAACAAGUGCUCAAGCAUUCCUUAUGUUUGCUUUUCAAGCAGGCAUUGAGACUUAUCGUUGGCAAUGUGUGUUUUUACCUGAUAAAGGAGCAUUCUUUGUGAAUUAUGUUGUCACAUCUGCUCUUAUUGGAACUAGCUUAGAACUCAUACGGUUUCCAGAACUUUUUAUGUAUGCUCUCCGAUUAUCAUUAUCGAGAUCAAAAGCAGAAUCUGCUAGUGCUAGAAGAUUAAUUCUUUGGGAGUUUCCAUUUGGUGUACAAUAUGCUUGGAUGUUACUUAUUUUUUCAAUUGUGACAGUAUAUAGUCUUUCCUGUCCUCUUAUAACGCCCUUUGGUCUACUUUAUAUGGUUACUAAACAUUUUGUUGAUCGCUAUAAUAUAUAUUUUGCUUACGGCAAAUCUAAAAUUAGUAAACGUAUACAUAGUACAGCUAUAAAUUGUGUUAUGGUUUCAAUAGUACUUUUACAAGUAAGUUUCACUUCACUGUCAAUGUUGCGUCACGGACUUCAUGAUAUUACUUUAUUUGCCUUGUUUGGACUAAUAAUAACAUUAACAUUUACAUUAUCUCAAUGUUUCUUCCGACACUGUACUGCAUGGAGUCCUAUACUUUAUCAAGUUAGAAAUCCACGUACAGUCCAACCAAGUCCAGCAAGAAGACGUGAUCAUUCACAUGGUUUUGACUAUGUCCCUGAAGUAUUACGUCAACCUUUGCCACAUACAGCAGCAAAUUCUUUAAUUACGUUGACACCAAACGAUUCUGGUACUACAUUGGAUGACUUGGAAAUUGAGAUGAAACAUAAUGAUGAUAGAUCAGAUUUUCAUCCCCAAACUAAAGUAACUAUAGAAUCUCAAAAUCACUGUGAUCAACUAUACCAGAAUUAUGAUUAUAGUCAAACAGUUCCUGUAUAA